GCAACUGUAUCGCAUUGCGUUUUACCGCGCGCCUUUAUUAUCUGAACUUUCCUACACUCUCUCGCGCCUCUGCUUCUGUUGCUAGCUUCAUUACGUUCCAGCUCGAGUGCGGAAAGUGCACGUGUAAGUGCAACAGAGGAAGAAAAAGAGAGAAAAGGAGAUCAAGACUCAAGAGGCGCCCAUCGAGGCAGACGUGUUCUCCGACUGAACCCCGUCAGAUGCUCGUUGUCGCGAUGGACAUCGAUGCCGAAUCUUGUGUCAAAGACUGGGACGAUCUAGCACAAGACUACAAGGAGCUCGAGGCACUAAAUAGAGAAUAUCUUGCAAAAUUAGAAGAGGUUGGUGAACUACAAGCAAAAUGUGUAAAAGGUGUUUCCCAUCAGAAAUACAGGAUGGGUAUAAUAUCCAAAUCCAUGAAAAAUUUAAAUAUGAAUGAGGCACAAGAGAAGAUGCAAAAAUCUAUGAUGAGAAGGGAACAGCAACUGCAUGAGAUAGAACAAACUUUGCCUAAGUCAAACGGCACAUACCUCCAAAUUAUUUUGGGCAACGUCAAUGUCUCCAUAUUAAAUAAAAGUGAUAAAUUCAAAUACAAAGAUGAGUAUGAGAAGUUUAAAUUAGUUCUAUCAGUAAUUGGAUUUAUUCUGUCUGUGCUAAAUCUGUUUACUAAUAUAAGAACUUUAGAACUUAGUUUUAUGUUCCUCCUGGUUUGGUACUACUGCACACUAACGAUAAGGGAGAGUAUACUUAAGGUGAAUGGUUCAAGAAUUAAAGGCUGGUGGAGAUUCCAUCACUUUCUCUCGACUGUGGUGUCUGGUGUUUUAUUGGUAUGGCCCAACACAGGAGCAUGGUACAAGUUCCGUGGCCAGUUCAUGUGGUUCAACGUAUACAUCAGCGUAGUUCAAUAUUUACAAUUUCGGUACCAACGCGGCGUCCUCUACCGAUUAAAAGCACUGGGCGAGAGAGAUAACAUGGAUAUUACCAUCGAAGGAUUCCACUCGUGGAUGUGGCGUGGCCUUUCGUUUUUGCUACCAUUCCUCUUUCUUGGCUACUUAUUUCAAUUAUAUAACGCAUAUACGUUAUAUAAAUUGACGUUCCACCCAGAAGCUACGUGGCAUGUACCAGUGCUUAGCGCAAUGUUCCUAGUGCUGUUUCUAGGCAACAUCACGACUACCAUUAUGGUAAUCCCUCAAAAACGCCGGGAACGAGUCAAGGACUAUCUGUUUGCGUCCAGGGGAGGAAACGCGCACGAUAAGGAAAACAAGAAUGAGAAGAACAAGUGAGAGAAAAGAAGAAGGCAUGGUACUUCUGGUUGAUCGGCUGGUGAGAGGCACAAUUAGGCUAUAGAAGCUGGAUUAUAACGAGGAACUAAAAAUAAGAAUUAAAGAAGAUGAAUCUUAUGCUGUAUAUGGUGCUGGUGCCGAUUUAUUCUAACGUAACAAAAGGUACUUCUCUUUUUCUCUUUAUCAUGUUCUUGUUGCGAUCGAACCGCGCGUAUGAAAACGAAUAAUAAACAGACAAAUUAAUCGAAAGCACGACACAUUCAAGUUACUUCAAACGCAACGUGAAUUGUCUUCGACUAUGAUCUCGAAUAAAGUUCAUCAUCAAGUAUUCUAUCGCAGGAACGCUCUUUCUACAGGCUGUCCUGAAAUAAACGAACUUGUGAUGAUAAAUUUCGCCACAAGUUUUGAGUCGAUUCUUUCUGGGAAAAAGUAAAGUUUUUCUCGCUGUCUUCCUAUUAGUAACAAACUAAAAUAUUGUUCUCCAUUCCUUUAUCUUUUACUUUGCACUAUUAUGAAUUUCUUAUUUUAAAUCGCCAAAUUCCAAGACAACGCAGGCUUCUUGUCACAUGACUUAUUCGAACUUUUCCUUAUAGAAAAUGUUAUACUAAAUUUGAAUACGCAAUCAAAUUACUCGAUAGUUUUAAAACCACCGAAAUAUUUUAAUUAAGAAGGAUAUAUAUAGUUCUUUUUCACUUUCAUAUUUUCGUAAAAAUGAAACAUGUAAUCCAUUUGACAAAAAGACUGUUGAAUAAUUUUGAGCAACAAUUUGAAUAUAUUCCCCUUGGGGAGAAAAAUCGAUUCCGAGACAAUCAUAGGAUCGUCGUAGUUCGACCCGAUUAUUCCAAGACAUUCUGCAUAUGAUUUUCCUUUGGACUAUAUCACAAACAUACGCAUUUAUUUUCAGUCACAUUAAUAUUUAACUAUUAUGCUACAUCACGAUAGUGAUUUGCGUAUCAGCAUCAAACGAUUUGAUAAAAGAUUGAAGCCGGGUUAAUUUAUUUGCGCGAAAACUUAAAUGCAUAUAUAUAUAUACGAAACACGUACGCGCAGACGAUCUGAAUGAAGCAAAAAGGACUAAAAACAUUGGGAAUAUUCUUUGAUUCUUUUUCUUUUGUCAAGUUGCGUACACAUACAUUCGCAUAUAUAUAUAUA